CCUCAUAGAUGCAAAAAACAUCUUAUAGUUUCUAAAAAAAAUCAAGAUUAUCUAUACUCUUCAACAAUGUCAUCAUCAUCAUCAUCUUACUUGAGAGAUGAAGAUCUGACACAAGAAACAAGAGAUCUGAUCUCUUCUCUUCCAAGCGAGAAAGGUUGGUUGGUGAGCCAAAUGUAUCAGUUUCAAGGACGUUGGCACACACAAGCCCUCUUACAAGGACUCUUGCAAUGCCAAAAACACUUUGAGGCCAAAGAUUCAGACAUUAUCCUCGUCACCAAUCCUAAAUCAGGUACCACUUGGUUAAAAGCUCUUGUCUUUGCUCUCAUCAACCGAAACCAGUUUCCAGUUUCUUCUGGAAAUCAUCCUCUUCUUGUUACCAACCCGCACCUUCUCAUACCCUUCUUGGAAGGAGUUUACUACGAGUCUCCAAAUUUCGAUUUCUCCGAGUUGCCUUCUCCAAGACUCAUGAACACGCACAUAUCGCUUCUUUCCCUGCCCGAGUCCGUUAAGAGCUCGUCUUGUAAGAUUGUGUACUGUUGUAGAAACCCAAAGGACAUGUUUGUCUCCUUAUGGCAUUUUGGGAAGAAACUUGCUCCUGAAGAAACCGCUGAUUAUCCCAUUGAAAAGGCGGUUGAAGCGUUUUGUCAAGGUAAGUUUAUAGGUGGACCCUUUUGGGAUCAUGUGUUGGAGUAUUGGUAUGCGAGCCUCGAAAAUCCGAACAAGGUCUUGUUUGUUACUUAUGAAGAGCUGAAGAAGCAGACUGGAGAUACGAUCAAGAGAAUAGCUGAGUUCUUGGGAUGUGGUUUUAUUGAAGCAGAAGAAGUGAGAGGGAUUGUGAAGUUGUGUAGUUUUGAGAGCUUAAGUAGCCUGGAAGCUAAUAGAGAAGGGAAGUUGCCAAAUGGCGUGGAGACUAAAGCUUUCUUCAGAAAAGGAGAGGUUGGAGGAUGGAGAGAUACUUUGAGUGAGUCCUUGGCAGAGGAAAUUGAUAGAACCAUGGAAGAGAAGUUUCAAGGUUCUGGUCUAAAAUUUUCUUGUUGAAUCAAUAUUUUAGAGUUUCUGUGAGGUGUUUUUUUUUUUGUCGACGAGUUUCUGUGAGGUGUUUAUUAUGCUUUAAUGAUGUUUUUCUUCAAUCUUGUGAUUUUUGUUUUUGCUGUCUAUGUUUUGUUGUUUGUUGUUGUAUGAAUAAAAAAAGAUCAUGGUUGUUUAAUAUUCA